AUGCCGUUUGCCCUCUUGGCUACCAGGACACACUGGGGACUUACACUGAACUUACUGUCAACCUGCACCCCCAGGCCCCUUCCUGCAGGCCUGCUCUCCGGCCACUCCUCUCCCAGUUUAUACUGGCGUCUGUGGAAACGCCUGGGUAUCACAGUUGUAACGCGCAACAUUCAUCCCACGGGGAAGCUUUUCGUGCUUUCGGAUGGAGAAGGAAAACAUACGACUGUGGAGCUGAGCGAACCGCUAGAGGAAGAGAUCUCAGGAGUUGUUGAAGUAGUGGGAAGAGUAACGAAUCAGGCGACCAUCAUGUGCGUGUCAUACGUCCAGUUCAGAGAAGAUAAAAGUCCAUUUGAUCUGGAAAUCUACAACGAAGCACUAAAAAUUAUUCAUGAAUUCCCCGAAUACUUCCCGUUUGAUACUGGGAGGAACAACUGA